CCUAAGGUGAGGGAGGGAGACGAGGUGCCUGUAUUUCUCUGAGAAAAACAGAGAUCUUUUUGGGCCUAUUGGUAACCAGAAACGACCCAACAUUCAAACCUAAUAAAUACCCAUUCCAAACGCCAAUCAACAAGAACAAACCCAUUAACCUUUUCCCUUUCUUCUUCUUCUUCUUCUUCCUCUGAUCUGAUCCUCAUGCCAUGCUCUGUUUUUCUCUCUGUUUUUCAGAUCUAUCCUUUGUUCCUUCGUUAAAAUAACUCCAUUUUCAUCGACCCUUUUCUUUUCUUUCUCUUCCCCCAAAUGGGUACUGGUUGGAGGAAGGCCUUCUGUACUACUGUUUCUCGAGAUUCAGAUUCUAAUUCGGAGAAACAGAGGAGCUCCGGCACUGCUAAUCCCAGUCCUAGAAGCUGUGUCCGAUUGGGUUUCUUUAGCAACCCUUCUACUCCUCGGCUGCAGUCUAAUCAGACACUGACUAGCCCUGGCCUUCGCUGUCGGACAACCCAUGACGCUGUUGAGAAGUCCACCACGCUCCAAUGCAAGACGUCCUCUUCCUCUGCUUCUACUCCCAAAUCUGCUAAAUCCCAACGAGGGAUUUUGGGUUCAAAUCCGUCUUCUCCUCGUUCUCCUCUUAAACUCUCGCUUUUCAAGAACAGUUUCAAGUUUAGAAGUAGCUGUGGAAUCUGUUUGAGUAGCGUGAAGACGGGACAUGGGACGGCGAUUUACACGGCGGAGUGUGGCCAUGCGUUUCAUUUUCCUUGUAUAGCCGCUCAUGUCAGAAACCACGCCUCUCUUGUUUGUCCAGUCUGCAACACCACAUGGAAAGACGUUCCUCUGCUCGCCGCCCAUAAAAAUCUGGGCCCACUGACCCAACAUGAUUCUAAACCCAAGAUUCAGGAUAAACCCAUGAUUGAAUCUUCCCCCACAGCCUUUAAAUCCAAGCCAUUGGAAUUCAGGUCUUACGAUGACGACGAGCCUCUUUUGUCCCCCACCGCCGGCGGCCGGAUUAUACCCAUCCCUGAAGCCGAUGAGAACCAAGACGAUGUUGAGGAAUUUCAAGGCUUCUUUGUUAACCCAAAGCCGCCUUCGAGUUCCGUCAAAUCUUCAAAUCAGAGGACCAAUGUUCAGGUCCGACUCCUCCCUGAAACGGCGCUGAUUUCAUCCGGACAUACCCACGAGACUUACGCGGUGGCUCUGAAAGUAAAAGCGCCACCACCGCAUCCGGCCAGAAACAGAGCCAACGCGAAUUUAUUAGACCCAUCCCGCCGUGCGCCGAUCGAUUUGGUGACGGUGCUAGACGUAAGUGGAAGUAUGACGGGGCCCAAAUUGAUGAUGCUAAAACGAGCCAUGCGAUUGGUCAUUUCGUCGUUGGGCUCGUCGGACCGACUUGCCGUCGUCGCUUUCUCCGCCACUCCCAAGAGGGUGUUGCCGUUGAGGAGAAUGUCGGCUCAAGGCCAACGUGCGGCUCUGCACGUGAUCGACGCGCUGGUCUGCAGCCAAGGAUCCAGCGUGGGGGAGGCUUUGAGAAAGGCCACAAAAGUACUCGAGGACCGGCGAGAGAAAAACCCGGUUGCCAGUAUCAUGCUUCUAUCCGACGGCCAAGACGAGCGGAUCCAUUCUAAUCAACGGCAUUUGAGAAAGCACGAGUCAUCCACCCGGUUCGCCCAUAUAGAAAUCCCGGUUCACGCAUCCGGGUUUGGAAAGAGCGGCGGAUACUGUCAAGAACCGGCGGAGGACGCCUUCGCAAAAUGCGUGAGCGGGUUAUUAAGCGUGGUGGUUCAAGACCUCCGUAUUCAGCUGGGUUUCCAGACCGGCUCCUCUCCCGUCGUGAUCUCCGCCAUAUAUUCCUGUACAGGACGGCCUACGGUCUGCAGCUUGGGUUCGGUCCGGCUCGGCGAUUUAUACGCCGAGGAGGAAAGGGAAUUACUCGUGGAAUUGAAGAUUCCGACAUCGGCGGCUGGGACCCACCACGUGAUGACUAUGCAGUGUCUCUACAAGGACCCAUCCACACAAGAAGUAGUGUAUAGCCGAGAACAAGACAUCCUCAUCGCACGACCAAUAGCCGUCGGAUCAUCCGCUCCGAAGAUCGAACGGCUGAGAAACACAUUCAUAACAACUCGCGCUGUUGCAGAAUCCAGGAGAUUAAUCGAAUACGAAGAUCAUACAAGCGCGCAUCAUUUACUGGCGUCGGCGCGUGCAUUACUAAUCCAUUCAGGAUCAACCAGUGCUGACGUGUCCGUGCGUGAGCUGGAAGUAGAGCUGGCAGAGCUCCAAUGGCGAAGGCAGCAACAAUUCGAAUUACAUCAGCAGCAGCAGCAUAUAAUGACGACAACGCCAGUUAGGAGAGGUGGCGGCGAUAAGGAAGGUCCGACGAUGGUGGAUGAAAACGGAGAGCCGUUGACGCCGACGUCGGCGUGGAGGGCGGCGGAGAAGCUGGCGAGAGUGGCGAUUAUGAAAAAAUCGCUGAGAAGUAGAGUCGGCGAUUUGCACGGAUUCGAAAACGCCAGGUUCUAGAAGCUGGGGAGGAAUGAUUUUGCAAAAGGGUAAAAAAAAGUACAGUAGAGAGAAGGAUUUGUAGGGGCAAAAUGGGGUUUUCACAUGAUCAUGAAUUCCAUGCUUACACUCAGCUUUGUGUAGGUUUCAUGUAGAGAAAGAUGGGCCUUUUUGUUUUUCUUUUUUUUCAACCAAAAGUUUCACCUUUU